AUGACGGACGAAGGAAGUUUAGUGGUUCCAAUAGUGCUUUGGGGUAAAGUACCACCCACCCACUGCAUAUCAUGCAUGUACUUGUCUCGUGAUCAGAAGACCUUGGUCACGGGAUGCUACGAUGGUCACGUUUGUUUAUGGCAGGUUGAUCCUGAAACACUCAAGAUGACACCCAGAAGUCUGAUGGUCGGACACACAGGUGCGGUGAUGUGUCUCAGUCGGGCCAGUGAUGUUUUGGAGCUGGAUUACAUCGUCAGCUGCAGCGAGAACGGGGAAAUGUGUACCUGGGAUCUGGUUAAUGGAAAUUGCAGAGAAAAUGUCAAAAUUGCUUACAUUCACACUCAGAUGUAUUAUCCAGAAGUGUUAGUAAUGGACCCAUUCAGUUUGGAAAUAUUAUAUACGUUAAGUUCACGUGUAAAUCCAGACUGGAUUAGCGCAUUACAAGUACUGAGGCCGGCCAAACGGAAAGGUCGGUUCUUAGUACACACAAAUGACGUGGUGCUUGCUAUCACGACAACGGGUACUGUCAAGGUGUGGUCGCUGUUUGGCAAGGAGCAACAAACCAAGGAGCCGAUUUAUGAGAAUGAGAGCAAACAGAUUAAGUGUAUGAAUGCUCUUGCGAUGACCUGCUGUGCUUACAAUCAUCGCACAGUUUUGCUUGUUAGUUCUGGUAGUUGGCAGGUCUACGAUGCUGCUGAUUUUUCAUUACUUUGUUCUGUGAAUGCACCUCAAAAAGAGCGUUGGGUUGCUGGAGAUUUUCUAUCCACUGAUCAAGUACUAAUUUGGACUGAUGAAGGUCAUGGUUACAUCUAUAAAUUACCAUCAAACAGCGUUGCGGAGAAUCAUGACUUUCAUACAUCUUCAAUCGAGAGUGAUCAACCCUACAGUUUUUGUACUCUGUCUUAUCCGGGUGAAAAGCCUUUGUCAUGCCCACCAACGAUGAAACUAGUGACAGCAACGCGCCAAAACAAGCCAGUAAAAUAUUUAAUUCGCGGAGACAGCGAGGGCGUGAUAAUGAUUUGGACCGUACCAGAGAUGACAGUCCAGCAGAUUGCCGAAAUCAACAAAAGCGAUUCAGUACCAAUAAUGCCGCCGUCAAUAAUCACCAGCUUAUCAGCCGCGUGGGAGGCUAUGAAACCACCACCAGUAGGAAUUCUCGACCAAAUGGACACAGGAGAGUCGAUAAAACUGACAGCUUGUAUAUAUUUGCCCCAACAAAGUCGGCUGGUUGUUGGUCGCGAAGAUGGUAGCAUCAUAAUUGUCCCAGCUACGCAAACAGUAAUGCUCCAAUUGCUGCAUGGAAAUCAUCAGCAUUUCGACGACUGGCCACCCCAUCAAGUUCUCAUGGGACACUCUGGACGUGUUAAUUGUCUCUUGUAUCCUCACAGCCAUUCUCCUCGAUACGACCGUACGCAUUUAGUUUCUGGGUCUGUUGACUUCGCGGUUUGCUUAUGGGAUCUUUAUACUGGGAAUAUGAUCCACCGAUUCUGCGUCCACGCCGGUGAAAUCACGCAAUUGACAAUCACUCCUGAUAAUGCUAGUCCACGAAUACAAAAAUGUAUAUGCAGCGUAGCUUCAGACCACAGCGUGACUCUUCUAUCUUUGGCUGAAAGAAAAUGCGUCGUACUUGCUUCGCGUCAUUUAUUCCCAGUUACUACGAUAAAGUGGCGACCAUUGGAUGAUUUUAUGAUAGUCGGGUGCUCUGAUGGCGCUGUUUAUGUAUGGCAAAUGGAAACUGGACAUCUGGAUCGGGUUUUGCAUGGAAUUAUUGCGGAAGAAGUUUUGUUUGCUUGUAGUGAUAAUACUAUUAUUACUGGCGAUGCUACUGCUGGUGGAGAACUUGGUCUUGCUAAUCCUGCUGUUCAUUUCUUUAGAGGACUAAGACAUCGUAACUUGUCAGCUAUCCGACAUGCAACUCAACGAGGAUUGCACCAACUGCAACAGCUCCAUGGUGGGCAUGGUGACCACCAUGACAGUCAACUGAAAACUAAAGACUAUCCACUAAACAUCGAGGGAUUCCGAGGAAACCCCAAGGACCCCGAAGGCCAUAUUUUGUUCUUCAACGUCGAAACGCUUAUAGUACAAUUAUUGAGCGACGAGUAUGGCUCGAUGUCUCCUGGAUCAUUAGAGGCACAGGGCUUAAUUUCAGCCUCCGAGUACCAAAAAGUUGCGGCCCUCACUCAAUCCGCGAGUCCUGACGCUCAUAAAAAAAUAGCAGAUUUUUUCGGCCGUGUCAAGGACAAGGCCGGUGACGUUGAAAAACUUUUAAAGGAGAAAGAUCGCCAUGGAAUUUUGGCUAAAAUGAAAGAAGGAGCCGAGAAUGUACACACUAAAUUACAAGCUAAGGCUGAGAGUGUUGGCCUCAAGCCGUUAAAUCUUGACGGUAAAGGAGAAGGAUGGAACAAUGGGGACUCGAGAAAUACCUUAAAACGGAAUGGUAAUUUCAAUGAGCCUAAUGCGACGAUGGAAAUAGCGCAAUUACUGCUGAGUCUUCUUCAUGCCUGGGGAAUGGAUCCAGAUCUCGAUCGAGUUUGUGAAAGUAAAUUAGGAUUAUUACGACCUUUGGUACCUGUUUCUUUUGGUGUUAUAUGUAAAUCAAGCUACAUGACUUUGCUAUUACCAACAUGGCACCAACAACUAGACCUAAAAAUCGAGCCUACACAAUUAGAACAACGUCUGCCAAUCGAAUUAGUCCGCCAAGACCGUCUAACAAAAGCAUUUACCGCCCGCGCGCACUGGGAACUAUCAACCACACUAACAUCAAACCACCUGCUAACAGUAGUCGCGUUAGCGAACACCCUGAUGUCAAUGAACAACGCGACAUUUGUACCAGAACAGGAGCGUAACCGCAAAAUGCACCGUCCAGGGAACCGCGCGGGAGUUAACUGGAACAAAGCCGAGGAAGAAAACGAAGAAAUGUACACAGUCCAGCAGGCCCAAAUAAAGCAAGGCUGGUCCCUAUUAGCAACCCUUCACUGCGUCCUUUUACCCGACAAAGUAGCAGCCCUAGGAGGAGUCAAGACCUUCAAGCGGCCUUUGGUAGAGAUGAUGGCCUGUCGGUGGCAGGACCAGUGCCUGGAACUCCGAGAAGCUGCCCAGGCGCUUCUGCUAGCCGAGCUGGGCAGAUUGGGUCCCAAGGGGAGAAAAUCUCUGGUGGAUUACUGGGCACAGUACCUGCCCAAGGACCCUCCCAAAGAAUCUGCUCCCCAGCAGCAGAACCACAGUCACAGUCCUUCAUCUUCCAGUCCCGUGCCUAACUCCGACAGCAAGAAGAGCGACUCCGAGUCUAAUCAUGAAGGAAAUCAUGCUGAUGAGAUUUGCAACUCGCGCAGACCAAACGAGGCUGAGAUCAAGACCAAGGAGCACACUGCGAUAGUAUUAUUGGGAGUAAUUGGCGCAGAGUUUGGUCAGAAUGUCUCGACGACGGGGAACCAACGUCGUGAUGGUGAAAGAAGAAAGAGUUCUGUUGUUGAAGGCUUCGGAAUUGGAAAUAACAACUUAGCAAGAUUGACCAGCAUGUCGUUGAUGCGUCUGCUGUUGGACCCUCGUCAGUUUAACCAGCAAACUCACUCGUCCCUUCGUCGAGCUGCUAUUGAUUUAAUUGGUCGUGGGUUCACUGUUUGGGAACCUUAUCUUGAUAUCUCCAAGGUGCUUCUAGGUCUUCUAGAAAUGUGCUGCGACGCUGAUAAAUUGGUGCCCAGUAUGACCUACGGACUGCCUUUGACUCCUCAAGCUGACACUUGUCGCACAGCGAGGCAUGCUUUGACUCUCAUUGCCACUGCUCGGCCCGCUGCAUUCAUCACGACGAUGGCUCGAGAAGUCGCGAGGUUCAAUGCUAUCCAGCAGAAUUCCCAGACGCUUAAUGUCAAUGUUAAUUCUAACAUCCUGGCAAGGGCCAAGCCGGAGAUUCUGAGGAUUGUUGAGCAGCUGAUAGAUAAAAUGCAGAGCGAGAUGAGCGACUUGUUGGUUGAAGUGAUGGAUAUUAUUCUGCACUGUCUUGACCCAGGUCACUUGAAGACCAAACCACUUAACGAAGUUUUCCCGGCUGUUUGCAGAUUUAAUCAAGUCAGUCACUGCUCAGCUUCACGUCGAAUAGCCGUCGGCGGUCGGGUAGGUCAAUUAGCGCUCUACGAAUUAAGGGGUACCGUUAAAUGUCAAACGGUGUCUGCUCAUCAAGCUUCUGUCACGGCGCUGGCGUUCUCACCCGAGGGAAAAUUUUUAGUCAGUUAUUCUUGCACGGAAAAUAAAUUAUGCUUCUGGCAGCAAACAAGUAGCGGAAUGUUCGGAUUAGGAAAUUCUCAAACCCGCUGCGUCAAAUCAUACAGUACAGCACCAAUGAAUGAUGUCACGAGAUUAAAUCCAAUGCGGCUGGCCCGUUUGAUUUGGAUUAACAACCGUACUGUUACAUUGAUGCUCGCGGAUGGUUCAGAAACACGCUUUAAUGUUUAAAAAAAAAAUAUAUAAAUAUAAAUAUAAAUCUAGAUACAAUAAAAAAAAAAUAA